AUGGAAAAUUUUGAUCAAAUACUUGAUCGUUUUGAAAAACUGGAAGUUUUUAACUAUUUGACUAGUUUAAGUGCAAAAUUAUCUAAUGAAAAUGAAACCAAAUCAAUUCAAGAGUCCGAUUAUUUGAUUUAUUUAAGUCAAUUGAAUCAACUUGUAGAAAAAGCCAAUAUCACCUUAGAUACAAAAAAGAAGAAACUGACUACAGAAACCACCAACCCCAACAAUGAAUCAAAACAAACUAGACAAGCAAUUUCAUUCAAUAUUUAUCGAUUAGUAUCAAAAAAUUAUAUACUGGUUUUACAUAAAAUUCCAUCUAAAAUUUAUGAUUUGGGUAAUCAAUUGGUUAAUAAUUUGGUUAUUGAUGAUAAAGGUGAACUUUCUCCUAUAACUCAAGUAUCAAUUAUUAUUUUAAUUGAUUUAUUUGAAAAUUUCCCUAAUUCAUUGGGGUCAUUAAUCAAUUUUUCAAUAACCCAAUUAUACAAAAUAUUAAAGAAAUAUCCCAACAUCAAUAGUAAUUUGAUUUUUUUGUUGAAUUCAAUUACAAAAAAUGCCACCAAAUUGGAUAUUGAUGAUAAAAUGCAAUCCAAACUCAUGAAAAUUGUCACCAAAGGGAUUAUCAAUGAAACUAUAUCAUAUAAUAUGGAAAUUGAAUGUACUUCAAAUGUAUUAAUAAAGAAAAAUUAUGUGUUAUGUUAUAAAAAUUUGUUGUUAUUGAUGGUUUCAACAAACUAUGAAAUGCUUCUUGCUGCUUCAACAUCAUCAACUUCUGCUGGGGCGAAAAUGAAACCAGAAACUAUUAUGAAACAACAACAUGAUUUUCAAAUGAAUUUAUUAACUACUAAUGAAAAAAUUUUCAAUUAUUGUUUAUCAAAUUUUUCUAAAGAAAUCAGAAUUGCCAUGGUUGAAUUAUUAGCAAAUUUAUUGAUUAAUUUUGUCCCCACAGGGAAAUUUAAUGCCAUUGAAUAUCUUGUGACUCUUUUUCCCUUGCCGGAAUAUAAUCAAUGGGAUUCCAAUCUUUUAAUGAAAGUUGGUGAAAAUGGUGAACCUAUAGUUGAUAUUAGAAAAGAGAAAAAUACUUUAAUGGGUCAUGAUAGUGAAUCUAUUAUAAAUUCAAGUUUAGAAUUAUCAUUAUUUCAAGCUAGUGUCACAGAAACAAUUAUUUUUUAUUUACAAUUGGAACAAUUUCAAAAUCUUGAAUUUUUAUCAAAUAAUUUAACGUUUAUUUUAGAAGUGAUAUUAGCAAAAUUUGUUGAAUUAAAUAAUAUGGAAAAUCAUUUUAUGAAUCAAGAAUGGAAUAAAGUUUUGAAAUAUUGGAGUACAGUUAUAGAAUACAUUGUGCAAGAGACUGGUUCCGCAUCUCAUGAAGUGCUUUGCAGUUUUAUUUAUGGUAAAUUUGUACCGGAUUCAAAUAAUGAAGAUAUUUCUUCACAAGAUCAACAUCAACAACAACAACAACUUGUUAGAACUCAAAGUUUAAACAAACAAAGAAAACGGGAAUCGAAAAUAUUUUCAUUUAAAACAAAGCAAAGUUCGAAAAAGAAAAAUGUAUCUAAUUGGGAAAUUAAACCAUAUCAAAACCCAUACCAAGCCUAUUUUUUGUUGUUUAUAAUUGAUAUGUUAUUACCAUAUGGUGUCAGUUUUGAGUCGUUGAAAAAAGAUGAGAAACCAACAAAUAAGGAUAUUCCAGUGGGAGAAGAAGAGGAAGAAUUAGAAUUGGAUCUCCCCCACGGUUCGUCAGAAACGGGGUCAUCAUUUAUAAGAGGGAUAUUGCUUAAUUUGAUUGUCAACAAUAAUUACUAUAUUAGAAGCUAUGCAACUCAAACGUUAUUAGUAUAUGCAAAGAAUAAUCAAGCAGAGAUAAAUCAAUUGAUUUUACACACAUUUAGAUUGGUGGAUCAAGAACACAAACAUUCAGAUAAGGAGACACCUGGAGGAGAUCAAAACAUCAAUCCUAUUUCCUCUGUCAGAUUAUUGGGUUACUCUUUAGCAUUACUGUCAUUAAUCAAACAAACAGAUCCUGCGUUACUUCAAAAUCUGACUAUAGUCAAAGUAUUGAGUUUUUGUACACAAAGUUUAAAACAUAAUACUCAAUCAGGGGUUAAGAAUUCUAGUUGUUGGAUUAUAUUAUCAUCACUUGUCACUUUACACAAUUUUUCCGAAUAUGUUAAAUUAAAUUCAUCACAGUUUCUUGUGUUUUGGAAAAGUUUAUUAACUUCACAGUUUAUGAGUACUUCAAUAAGUGCCAGUACCCCUGAGGGGCAAACUAAAGAAGUAAUUUUUAAUUUAAUGUUGAGAAAUUUUAGUUUGGUUUGUUUAUUGAAUUAUUUGAAUUCAGUUGAAUUGACACCAGAAUCAUUAAAACAAAUUCAAUUUUUACUUACUAAAUCAUACAAUUAUUUGACAUAUCUUGAAAGCAACAUUGAAGUAGUUGGUGCCGUUACUUUAUUCAACAAUACUAAUUUCAAUGAGUUGGAUUAUAAUGUAAACAUGCUUAGUAAUUUGCUUUACACCAAUUAUGCAUUCAAUAAUAAAUUAUCAACCGACAGAGUAUUUAUAAGUCUCAUAUUAUACAGUAAAAAAAUCAUUUUCCAAAGUUUCACCAAAUUGGCCACUUUGCUCAAAAAUGAAAUAAAUUCCAAUAUGGUGAUUUUUUUAAUCAAAGUAUUUAGUGAUGCCAAAUUAUUUUCAAGAAUUCCAUCAACAGACAAUGAAAAAUCCAAAUCUAAAUCCAAAACACUUAAUCAAGUUGCCGAUAUAGCUGAUAAUUUGGUAUUGAAUGAAGAUUAUAAUUAUUCAUUUGGGGUUACAAGUAAAUUACAACAUGAAUCGAUGAAUAUAGAUGAAUUAUUGAUUAAAUUUCCAUUCCAAUUUGGUAUUGAAGAAACUCAAUGGUUGAGAAAAACUUUUACUUUUGCAACUACACCAUUACCUAAACUGUCUAUUGAAAGUGAAUAUUCAUUGGAAACUGGGUCAUGGUUUGAUUAUUUUGAAAAAAUUGCGUUUCUGUCAGUUGAUCAUUCCAUAAAUUAUGAACCAGGAAUUGUUUUAACACAAAAUUAUUCUACUCAUUAUAAAUAUCUGACCAAUUUAACCACAUCUUUGGUUGAUUUAUCAAUUGAAUUAUUUCAAUUGGUUUUCCCUUAUUUAAGCACGAAAAUUCAAUUUUCAUUACUUGAACAAAUACGUAAUUCAUUAACAUCAAGUUCAAUUGAUCCUUUAAGAUUGAAAGCCAUACAAAUAAAUGUUUCUGUUACAUUACAUGGAUUGAUUUCAAAUAUUGUGAAAAAGAAAAUUGCUGUUGAAGAAAGUAUUUUACUUGUUAUUAUUGAUAUUGUUAAAAAAAUGCCCAUGGAAUAUGAUCAAUUAAUCAUUAAAAUCAAUGCCUCAACUUUAGGUUUAGUGGGCCAAUUACUUGAUAAAAAUGGUGUUAGUGGACAAAUCACAACUUUGAUAAAUGAUAUAGUAACUGAUCUGAAUCCAUACAAAAGAGGAUUCUCCUUGUUGGCACUUUCGUAUAUUUAUUCAAAUACCAAAUUAGGAUUUUCCGACAUUUAUCAUAUUUCUUUACAAUUAUUGAAUGAUCCAAAUCCUAUAGUUUAUCAUUUCACAAUUAUUUCCACGAGACAAUUGUUUGAAUUUAAUCAUGAUAAUUUACUGUUAAUACCAACCGUUUUAAACAAAAUUUUUUCCAAUUAUUUAAAUGAUUCUUUUGGUUAUGAUUUGUCUAAUAAAGUUUUAGUCAAUUUAGAAACCAAAUAUAAUUCCAUUGCCGAAAUAACUAAAUUAUUGAAAUUAUUUGUUGGUUCAUUGGGACCAGCAUUACGUGAUUGGGAAAUCGAUGAGAAAUUGAAAUUAAAAGACAUGAUUAUUUCAUUAAGUUAUGGAAUAGGGUUAUCAACUUUAAAUGAUUAUGUUGAAGUUUAUAAACAAUUAUUAUUAUUAUUCCAAGAAUUGAUUAUAUAUGAUCCUAAUUUAAUGGAAGGAGAAAUCACAUUUUUCCGAGAUUUGUUGAAUUUAAUCAUUUCUAAAAAUUUGAAAAUCUCAUUAGCUAGUGUUUCUCCAACUUCAUUGACCACCGAUACAAUUUUCCCAUUUAAUACUAGUUUUGAUUUAUAUUCUGGUGCUUAUGAAUGCUAUUACGAAUUAUUGAAAAUACUUGGUGUUGACAUUUUGACUCAAGAUACUAUUAAUUUACUUUGGGUAUCGAUGAAUAUUAAACCUUGUUUAGAAUUGAAACAAUUUAUCAAAUUAUGGUUAGAAAGCAGUUUAGACAAAAAUUGGUUUGCUAUAUUAAAUUCUUUAUUCAAAUUAAGUUCCAAGAAAUUGAUUGGUCCAUUUAUCGAAACUAAUUAUCAACAAAAAUUGUUACCUUUACUGCAACGUCAAAAAAAGAAGAAUGCACAAAAUGUUGAUUUUAGAGAUGAAGAAAUUGAAAAUAUUGUUGGUGGUGAUGAAAGUUCCGAUAUGGAUAAAAAUGAACCUAUAUCUUGGGAAUUUAAAUUGUUCAUUUAUGAAAUGUUAAAUCAUUUGUUGGAUUUAGCACUGGGGAAUUCACAAUUAAUCGAAAGAUUGAAACUGAAAAUUCCUGAUAUUGUCAAACUUUCAUUUUUAGGAUCAACUUCUUCCAUAACAGAAAUAAAAUUAAAAGGUAUUGAAUUGUUGAAUAGAUCAUUAGCGUUAUUUGGAGAAUUAGAAGAUCCAUUGUAUCCAAGUGUUUCUAUUUUGGAACAACAACAAGCACAAAUAAUCAGUGCAUUAAUACCUUGCUUUAGUCCUGGUAAUGAUUAUAAAGUUAUUGUCAAUGCCAUCAAUGUGUCUUCCAAAUUUAUUAAUCUUCCAAGAAUUAAAUUCUAUUCAAAGCAAAGAAUUUUGAAAACUUUGAUUUAUUUAUUAGAAGAAAUUUCAUCCAAUAAAUUUGUUCGUUUUGGAUUUUUAGAAAGCAUGUCAGAAUUUGGUAGAAAAUCUAUUCAAUUGGCAAUUUUAAAUUGUUGGGCAGUAUUAAAAAUUGAUUCUUAUGAAGAUCCAGAAAAUAUUGAACCCGAGUUUGAAGAGACAUUAACCAAUUAUUCAGCAUUAUUGACAUCACUUUGGAUAUUGGUGUUACGAGAAUUUUCUACAUUGAAAUAUAGUGAAUCAUCAAGCAGAGAAUUGGAGAUUUAUGGUAAUUAUUGGAUAAAUUUGAUUAGUAUAUUGAGUUUAGAACUGGAACGUGAUAAUGAAUUUAUUAAUCAAUAUUUACCAGGUGAUGCUCAGAAUUUCUUUUUCAUUUUGUUCAGUCAAUGUAUGGAAUCUUUAAUUAAGAACCGCAAAGUUCCAGAGAUUUUGACUUCAGUGAAAAGAUUAGUUAAAAAUCCAACAUUGGUUACACUUUUAUUUAAUGAUGAAAUAUUUGGAGAAAUUGUUGAUUUAUUCGAUAGAUUAAUUUUAAUUGAUGAUGACACCGAAAUUCAAUGUUCUCUUGUGGAAAUUAUUAGUAGUUUAUUCCAAACAUUUGUUCAAUGCCAUCAAGAUAAUUUGGAAUGUGGAUUUGAUAAGUUGUUUGAGUUGAUUAGAAUUUCCAUGUUACCUUUAUUCCGUAUAUUACCCUUUUUACGUUCAGAUUACGAUGCCAAUAACGAAACUAAUCAAUUGUUACUUAAACAUGUUGGAGAUGCAGCGAAUUUAUUAAUUUUGAAAAAAGCUUUAGAAAGUUUAUUGAAAAUGAUUGAUUUACUCCCGACAAUUGUUAGAACUGAUUUAUAUUCUUGUUUGUUGUAUAUCUUGUCAAAGAUUUAUGAGAGUCGAAAUAAAUUACUAAUUUCCGUGGUUGUGCCAUUUUUGAAAAAAAUUGUUAUUGAUACCAAAGAGUGUGCUCCUGAAUUAAUUAAUAUUUUCUACAAAACCAUCCGUCUGUAUUUUGAAAUUGAAGUAGAAAACAAUUAUUCUAUUAUAACAAUGUUAAUACUUGUGACUAAUGGUGGGUUAACCUUAAAUGCAGAUGAAUCUCAAAAAUUGAGUAAUGCUUUGUUGCAAUUGUUGGAAAGUAAAGAUACAGCACCUACUGGAAUUCAGUGUAUUAAAUCAUUAAUACAACUUUCUUACGUGCUGAAGGAAAAUAAUUUGGUGGUCAAAUUUUUGAUUAGUGAUCUAAUAAAACACAUUACUAGAGUAAAUGAAACUAAUCAUAUAGAUUUGAAAAUUGCCAUUGAAAUAUUAAUGUUGUUUACAAGAUUGGUGAUCAAUGAUGAACAGAAACAAGUGGCAUUAUAUUCUAUAAUCAUUCCCGUGUUAGUUAAAUCUGUGGAUGAAGUUGACAAUUUAUAUUUACAUGAGAAAUUGAUUGUCUUGGUACGGCAAAGUGCAAGUAGCUUUAAACAAGUUGUCAACAAAUAUCUCGAUGACAACCAAAAGAAACUAACUGAAGAAAUUGUUACUUCAAGUGUUGCAAAAAACACCGUUGCUAACCAAUCUGUUGAUUCUUUUGAUCAAGUUCCAGAAAUUCAAUUAAAGACAUUUGGUGUAUAG